AUGUGGAGAGAUACUCCAAUUGGAUCUAUUGAUGGUGAAAUAGAGUAUGUUCACAUACGUGACUCCGCCAAUGAUGGCGAGGCCGCCGCACUUCCACAACACGCAGAUGAAGAAGGUCUUCCAGUGCGCUGCGCACUUAGUAUUACGAACUACCGCGUUGUAAUACAACCAGUCACUAACAAAGGCAGCAGUGGCCUUAAUUUCUUCCUUCCACUUUUAUCCAUUGGGACCUGGAGUGUUCCGCGUGGGUCAAUGACCCCAGUGUACCGGGCGGUGUUUCAGCGUGGGCGUGGUCAGCAGCUCUCAGAAGUUGAUACAACUCCGUACCCUAGUGAUGCACCGCCGUCACUCACGGAAAAUAACGUUCAAACAUCUAUUCACACUCUAAAGAUAUGUACAAAAUACCUAUGGGAGGUGGAGGUGGUAUUGCAAGGAGAGCGGGUAGCAAGGACAGUAUCGGAUCUACGCCCUCUUUUUUCUGUGACGCAUAUAAAAUCAAUGCCAGCAUUUGCGAUUUAUAGAGAACGAUACAGCAAACGAUGCGAGGUUAAGGAUAGUGAGAAUAAUUAUAAAGAACAAAAGCAAGAUCAACAUAACAGUAAUGAGUGGGAAGGUAAGUAUGAUUAUAGUGGGGUAAACAUGAUUACUGGGACGGAACCUUUGGAAGCUGUUGAAUUUGGAUGGAAUUUGUAUGAUCCGGACCGUGAACUGGAGCGGCAGUUGUGUCUCUCUCCUGGUAGUGAUGUACCGAGUAUUGAAGAUAUGUCACGCGUUGGUCCACGACGAGAUCUUCGACCGUGGUUUCGACUCACAUGUGCAAACCAGCCAUUGAACAGUUACGGUAAAUCCCCAACAUACCCCUUCCGCGUAGUGGCCCCGAAUGCGGCGAGUGACAAUCUAAUUGAGGACGCCAUGUCAGCUCGCUCACGGGCACGUUUCCCUGCGAUUUCGUUUGUGCAUCUCGCAACUGGCGCUGUGCUUGCCCGCACUUCUCAGCCCCUUUUGAAAUCACCGAAGUUGCGGCAAGAUAGUGAAUUAUGUCACAUGUUCACGAACAACGGCUACCACGCACACAACGCAGAGCCUAGACGGGAACCAUUGGCGGUUGGUCCCUCUGAAAUAGGCAGUGGUGGAGGUAACGGUAACAGCAGGAAUAAGAUGGUUCCACCGCCCUCCCUUUUUGAGACCAAUUCAGAAGAAGGAGAACUGCGGAUGACUGGUGUAACACAGCAGAAUGUGGUUCCGAUGCCGCGGCGACAACGGACACUUGUUGUAGCAGAUUGUCGCCCACAGGCAGCGGCUUGGGCGAAUCAAAAAUUAGGAGGAGGUUUUGAAAGCGGUCCAUCGUAUAGUUUCUGUGAAGUAAAAUUUCAUGGUAUUGAAAAUAUUCACGGUGUCAUGCAAUCCUUUUCAAAACUAAAGUCUCUUAUUCAACAAUUUAAUGGAAAACAACCCAGAGAUGACUUUCUCUCUCAACUAAAUGAUACAAAAUGGUUACGUCAUGUUCAACGCAUUCUAAUGUGCUCUUCUGAAAUUGCUGGAGGUCUUGACCGUGGGGAAUCAUAUCUUGUACAUUGUACAGACGGCUGGGAUCGAACUCCGCAGUGUGUUGCUACUGCGAUGUUACUUUUAGAUCCUUUUUAUCGAACUAUUGUGGGUUUUUGUGUCCUUGUGGAGAAGGAAUUUUGCUCCUUUGGACAUAAGUUUGCAGAACGUUGUGGACAUCAAGUGUAUGGCGAUACAAGCUACGUCUCUGAUAAUGGCGUCUCCGCAUCCGAUACGGAUGUCCAUUCAUCAUCAUCAUCAUCAUCAUCAGGAAAAUUGCAGCCUUCACCUAUUUUUUUGCUCUGGAUGGAUGUGGUAUUUCAAGUGGUACGCCAGUUUCCAAGGUAUUUUGAAUUCACCCCAAAAUUAUUGGAGUACCUUGCUGAGACGGUAUACGCUUGUCUGUAUGGCACUUUUCUUUGCAAUGGGGAGAGAGAGCGGAUGUUUGAGGGUGUGCGCCUUAACACUGCGUCUGUAUGGACGGAUAUCUGCUGUGCCGCACGGCGAGAACGAGCUGGUGAAUCUCCACUAUAUUUUGUGAACGACUCAUAUGAUUCUGUCACAGCAUGGGAAUAUAUUUCAAAAGAAAAAGGAUGUGGUAUUCAGAGAAUUUCUCCAAGUUGUAGUAGCAAACGUAUCGUUUUCUGGGAAUCAUUCUACUUGCGAUAUGAUAAGGACCGCUACUCCCUAGACCUUGGAGAGGAAUCUGAACAAGUAGCAAAGCGGGUGGUUUUUCAUGAUGCGUGGGAAUAUUAUUUUGAUAAAUUUUUGAAGGAUUCCUGUGUUUUGCGCAGAAAAGACGUUGUAGAGAUGCGAAAUUUACUGAAGAAUAUCAAUGUACCACGUGCUCCGCUACCAGUGAGUUCACCCCAAACAAAAAAUGAUUCAAAAGUGUGCAAUCAUUGUCACAAGAGAAUUGGCAUAUUUUCGCGGGAACUAUGUUCUCGUUGUCGAUCUGCGAUGUGCGAAAACUGCACGGUGGACCUUGACAAGGGAGUAAAGAUGUGUCGAAAUUGCUACAAAGAUCAUGAAUGGUAUAGUUAG